AUGAAGCAACAUUAUAUUUACUUAUUACUUUUAUUAGCUAUAUUUACUACUAGCAAUGCUUUUACUUACAAAGAUUGUCCUCCGUAUAUUCAACGAAACUCAACAUACUUGAAUAUAACAUUAAUUAGCCCUCAACCUCCUGUUGCAGGGAAAGAUGUCGAAAUUACCCUUAAUUCAGAAAUUGCAAAUAAUCUUAUGGACACUGAUAGAAUAUUUGUCGAUUUACACCAGUCUGAUGCUACAUAUAGGUAUAUUCAGAAAGUUGAUAUUGGAACCAACCAUACGUUCCCGAUACCUUCUGGAAAUAUUGAAGUAAUGGUGAAAUUUACAGUACCGGACCAAAUAAACGUUGCUGACCUCAAUAUUUCUGCUGUUAUUGGUUAUUGGGAUAGCGAGGAUCCUAGAAAUAGAAGCCUUUGUGUUGUUUGCUGCUCUGAUCAA